UUUAAAAUACAAAGUUAGUGUCCUAUUUGCCAUGUUUACGACCCUGGGUGCAGUCACUAUUUAAGAUCCGCUCAAGCAUUGACAUCGGUGCAUUAUGAAGAUCCACGUUUUGUGUCUGUUUCUUUUGCUGGGUCUUACGACCACAUCUUCAGAGAAAACGGUGUACAAGGUCACCACGAUUCUUAAUAAACCUUUUGUAACUCAAAAGGUUGGAAAUCCUUCAGAAUUCCAAGGCCUUAUACCCGAUUUGUUGAAGAGGAUAGAACCAAUUAUUAAUGUAACCUUUGACAUUAAACAUGUAGGAGAUUUCAAGUACGGCUAUCAGGAUAGGGAUGGGAACUGGACUGGUAUGAUAGGAGAACUUGUAAAAGGGGUAGCAGAUAUUGCUGCAGCGUCCAUUACCGUGACAGCAGAGCGAGCAACCGCCAUCGACUUUUCGCAUCCCUUCAUGGAAUCGGGAAUUUCCAUUGUUCUUAAGCGCCCUAUUGCGAGGGGGUGGCAGGCUAUAAAGGGUUAUGUCUCCUUUCUAGAGCCAUUUACCGUCGGAGUUUGGAUCGCCUUGCUCUUCUCCUGUUUAAUCAUUCCCAUUCUGUACGGAUUGAUUAUGCAUUUUGACCCUAUGGAAGAUGAAGCUGAAACUUCUUUUCUGAAGAAUAUUGCCCGAGCAGUUCCUGUUGUCUUCUACAGAUUUUGCUUACAAGGAAGUCUUGCGCCAUCCAAAUCUACCUCCAGGGCUGCGAGAGUUGUACUUGCCUUUUGGUCUUUGUUUCUAAUCAUUUUGUAUGCCACCUGGGCAUCAGCCUUUGCUGUAUUCAUCAUGGAAGGAAAACGACAACUUCCGGAAUCUCCCCUCCAUUCAUUUUCCGAGCUAUCGAAACAAACUUCUGUGAAAUUUGGAACAGUUAAAGCAGGAUCCACUUAUAGAUACUUCACAAACGCCUUGGAUGAGGUGGAUAGCCAAAUUGGACAACAUUUGAAAAACAAUCCAGAUCAACUGGUCAAAAGUACAGAAGAUGGAAUUAAACGAGUUCGAAACAGCAACGGCGAUUAUGCGUUUAUAACAGAAGAAAUAGGAGCUAGGCUAAUUGCAGGACAAUUGCCGUGUGAUCUAAUGCUAAUUCACCAUUCUUUUAUACGUAAGUCGUUUUCUUUCGGAUGUGCCAAAAACACUAGCACAUGCAGAAAUCUAGAUAUCGCCAUCAUUAAGCUGAAGACAGAUGGAGUGAUUCAAGAACUAAUAGAUAAAUGGCUGAAUGAGGACGACGUCUGUGACACAGAUUUCUAUGACGAUUAUUUGCUGUACAUUAAGUCUUUCAACAGCAAGAAAGACGAGUCGGGAUAUCUUUUUAAGGGUAGUGCUUUGGGUAUGGAUAAGGUUGGAAGUGUAUAUGUUCUACUUGCCAUAGGAAUCGUUCUUUCCGUUUGUUUGUUGGUCUUCGACAUCUGCACGGAGAGAAGGGUGCAGAAAGCAGUGUCUAGAAGAGGAGGGACAGACAAACAACCAUUUGAAGCUAUUACAGAUGACAUGCAAUAAUUCUAAGCAACCAUGAUAACCUGCACUAAACAGUAACCGUUGAUCAGAAAAGACUUAAUUUUAACAUGAUGAACCGAUGGUUUAAUUAGUAUUGUUUAGAAAACUGCCCUGCUUGUGCCAUGUACAUGUAGAUAUAGAUACAGCCAAUGAUUUAACGAUUUGCUAAAGACUGCAUAAUUAUUAUAAUAAUUAAUGAAUGAAAUUGUUAAAAACAGACCGAGGGUUUAUUAUUAGAAAUUUACAUGCAUUUUAAAGAUAGUGUUUUUUUUUCUCCUUUUCCCCUCUCUUUUCUUUUCUUUUUUUUUUAAUGCGAAAUGUGCAUGUUAAAAAUAUUUGCCCAUGAAUUCCUUCCUUACACUGAAUGAAAUUGUAACAAAGUCUUUCUGCGCAUGCAUGUUAAGUUUUAAAUUUUUGCCUCCCCUUUUUUAAUCCUUGUACACAUGCAGUACUUUACCAAAGCUGAUAUUCUGUUUUGUCCUGGAGAGUUGCAAAAAAAAAAAAAAAAAAAAAAAAAAAAAAAAAAAAAAAUCCCCUUUUUUCCCGAGUGAACUAGAUUGCUUUCCUCCUUUUAAAAGGCUGGCAUUGUAAGCAUUAAUGUAACGGCACUUUUAAAAAGAUUUGUUUUAUACGUUCUCGUUAUAUUUCAUUCAAUUAUGCUUGCCAGUUAGGUUAAAAUCCUUUUCAUAUGGUCGAGUGUGUAGUAGAUAAAGAAGUAGAUGACAUUGAGUGCACAGAAAAAGUUAUAAUCAUUAAUGCUGUACUUGGUUAUUGUAAAAAAGGUCUCAAAAAAGUGUGUGAAAAAGAUUGUGUUUAAUGAUUGAAAUAGAAGUUUAUUAAUAUAGUCUAACAGAAGAUGAAUGCCACCUGUAUGCUUUUGCUUUAUUUUCAUUGUAUGUACAUGUAUAUAUGAACGUAUGACAAGUUAGGCUUUGAAAGGUUAUUCAAAUUAAGUCUUAAUUAACACUAACUGUGAUUAAAAUUGAUCGAGAUAUGCUUAACUCCUUGUUUAACUGUUGCUUCACCCUUAUGUAAAAAAAAUAAUUUAAAGGGAAAUUUGGGCAAAUCAAGGAUCAAAUUUUAAUCAGAUUGCUUAACAGGCCUUGACAAGGAUCCUGUCUGAAGGUCAUAAGAGUAAUAUUAUACAUACUAGUAGUUUUCUUACAACAAAGCAAAUUAUUUCUUCAAAUCACUUUUUUUUUCAAAAGAAAAAAAACUGUUAUCGAUAUUAACUAUUAACUAUGGGUUAAUAUUAGAGCGAUACAGGUAUAUAAUCAUCGUUACCUAGUACAAUCUCCCUUAUUAAACUCUUUCAUGAUUUUUAUUUAAUUUCUAAUGCUUGUUUAUAUCAUUUAUUUAAAUUUCUAAUGCUUGUUUAUAUCAUUUAUUAAAAUUUCAUAUAUUUUCA